AUGCAUCAUUCCUUCGUCUUGAUCUUUGCGGUGCUUCUAUUCCUUAUCGACGUGCAGCAUACAGCAGCCAUCCAAUGCUAUCAGUGUGAUAGUACCGUCAACAAGAACUGUGACGAUCCCUUUAACAAAGAUGGUAUUACAACCGUAGGUGAUUCGUCGUCAAACGAGUGGUGUUGGAAAGCAAAGGGAGAAUCCUCUAUAAUAAAAAGUAUUGUACGACCAAUACGUGAUUUUAUUCCCCCAUCAUCAACAUUAACUAAAUCAAUUGCAGCUGAACUUAGUCUUAUCUAUCAUAGUGUCCCUCACGGAUAUAGCUAUAUCCGUCAAUCAUGUACAGUUGAUCUUUUGAAAAAAAUUUUCAAUGAAUUUCAUAUAGGACAAAAUAUCAGCUGUGGUAAAACAAAAGCACGUGAAUUAUCAGUAAAUGUUCUUGAAGUUGGGGAACAGCCACGUGAAUCAGCUGAAAAUGUUGCUGAUACAAUUCACGAUAUAUUAAAAAAACAUAAUCUUGAUAUUCAAAACUUAACAUCUAUUGGUGCUGAUAAUACAAGUAUAAAUUAUGGUUGA